AUGCAUUUCACAGCAGUCACUAAGAGGACAGGUGCCAGGCCUUGGGGUGAAGCUGAAUCAGAGUGGGCUGUCCCCUAUUCCUUGGAGAUUGUGGCACUGAUGGCGGCUUUGUUGAAGAGAGCGAGCGACUACAUGAAGACCAAGGAGUUCCGUGACUACAUAACCAGUACGCACUUCUGGGGCCCUAUGGCCAACUGGGGUCUUCCGUUGGCUGCCUUUAGGGACAUGAAGGCUUCUCCAGACAUUAUCAGUGGCCGAAUGACGACAGCGCUUAUCUUCUAUUCCAUGGCUUUCAUGCGCUUCGCCUACCGUGUACAGCCUCGAAACUUGCUGUUGAUGGCCUGCCAUGGCGCCAAUGUAGUGGCUCAAAGUAUACAGGCAGGCCGUUUCUUAACCUACCACUAUGGCGACAGUGCUGUGAACAAAGUGAAAAGUACAUCUGACACCCCAGACACCACUGAUUAAUGCAGCCACUCAUAUAUCAUCUUCAGCCUCAAGUAACCAGUAGUGUCUGAAACUAUUUUCUUAAUGACUGUGGACUGGAUUGAAACUUUGUGACCUCAAACACUGAAGAAAAAAAAAAAGUAGGAAAAGAACUGUGUUUUGAUGCUAAUGAAGUAGUGGGAAGCCAAUUCAAACCUGCAGUUUAGUUAAUAAAAACAGAAACAUUAAAAAAUAUAACAAAUU